UUGGAAGUUGGCAGGUGGAGAGGCAGGUUGGGAGGGGAGGUCGGGGAGGAGGCGGAAGAGACGCCGGCGGAGGGGGAGGAGGGAGGGACAGGAGGAGGCGGAGGAGAGCCGAGCCGAGCCGAGCAGAGCAUCGAGCCAAAGGGGAGAUGAGUUUGUCUGUCCUCGGCAGAGGCUCCGGCCGGGCCUAAGGAACUGGGAGCUCGGGUUGGAGCGACACCCGUGGAAGUGGGAGGAGGUGGCUCUGGGACUUUAACCCCUUGUGGGCUCUGCGACAGGGGAUUAACCCUUUGUGGAUCCGGCCCCUCGGAGGCAGCGUCAUCGGGUAGUUUUAACCCCUUCGGGGCUGGGCAGAACCCAUUGGACUUCACUGCCUCAUCUCCUUGCCCACCGGCUCCGCGGUCGUGGGGGGCGCUCUGCGGGGAGGCUCGCGGCCCCCUCCCUCGCACAUUACGUGCUGCUCUGCUGCUGCACCCCCUGGACCCGCUAGCUGGCCGCGCUGUGGGCGCUUUAACCCUUUCCUGACUUGCGCGCCCCCAAGUUUGCAGCUGGAGUUUGCGGAUAGACGGACUGGCCGAAGGCGUCUCUGCAGGGAUUACAGACCGAAGAGGACUCCGCUGGACAUUUUGUAAAAGAAAAAAAAAAAAAAAAAAAAAACUUUUUUUUUUUGCUUGAGGACUUUCAGCCAAAAUUUUUCAAACUUCAAGAAGAGGAUUCUGUUAGCCAUGGCCGAGCCGCUCUUGUCAGAAUGUCAGCACCAGCCUCAAACUAGCAACUGUUCAGGUGCUGCCGUCCACGACGAGCGGGACCCCGAGCGCCCCCCGGGCGCGGAGGAGCGGGCGCCCGAGGAGGACAGUAGGUGGCAAUCGAGAGCGUCCCCCCAGGCGGGGGGCCGUCCGGGGCCGGAGGGGGAGGGGGUCCCGGAGCCCCAGGCGUCUCCCAUGCAGACCCCGGCCUGCGCGGGGCCGGAGGCGGGCGAGAAGGGCCAGAACGGGGACAGCGCGUCCACGGGUGGCGCCCCCUCGCCGGUGGCGGCAGCUGAUCCGAGGCCCGAGGCCGAGCCGCCCGCACAGCCGUGCCAGGACUCCGACGCCAACAAGUUGGGGGCUGCUGCCGCCGGGAACGAGGAGGCGUGGGGACAGCAGCUGAGACAGCUGGGCAAGAAGAAACACAGGAGACGCCCCUCCAAGAAGAAGCGGCACUGGAAGCCGUACUACAAGCUGACCUGGGAGGAGAAGAAAAAGUUCGACGAGAAGCAGAGCCUGCGCGCCUCCCGGAUUCGAGCCGAGAUGUUCGCCAAGGGCCAGCCGGUCGCCCCCUACAACACCACGCAGUUCCUCAUGGACGACCACGACCAGGAGGAGCCCGAUCUGAAAACCGGCCUCUACCCCAGGCGGACCGCCGCCAAAUCCGACGACACCAGCGAGGAGGACUUCAUGGAAGAAGCGGGCGAGGAGGACGGGGGCAGCGACGGGAUGGGCGGAGACGGCAGCGAGUUCUUGCAGCGGGACUUCUCGGAGACGUACGAGCGCUACCACGCGGAGAGCCUGCAGAACAUGAGCAAGCAGGAGCUCAUCAGGGAGUACCUGGAGCUGGAGAAGUGCCUCUCGCGCAUGGAGGACGAGAACAACCGGCUGCGGCUGGAGAGCAAGCGGCUGGGCUGCGACGACGCGCGCGUGCGGGAGCUGGAGCUGGAGCUGGACCGGCUGCGCGCCGAGAACCUCCGGCUGCUGGCGGAGAACGAACUGCACCGGCAGCAGGAGCGGGCGCCGCUGUCCAAGUUCGGAGAUUAGACCGAAACUUUUGGGGGGCGGGGGCACAGGGGACUUUUUACAGUGAUGGAAUGUAACAUUAUAUACAUGUGUAUAUAAGACAGUGGACCUUUUAUGACACAAAAUCAGAAGAAAACAUCCCCCCAGCUUUGGUUGGUUUGGUAAAUUGAGCUAUGAUGUAGUUUGCGUGCUUUCUCCUGUUCUUUAAUUAUGUGAAAUUGAAGGGAUGCUUGUUUGCCUUUUUAGAAGUUUUUUUUUUUUAUGUGUAAGUAAUUUGACCAAGUUAAAAUGCUUUUUUCUGUUUAAAAUCUUCAAACAGAGCUAUAGGGUGGCUAAAUCUGAGAACCAUUAAAUUCAUUCUAGUUAAAAUAAAUUUAAUAUUUGUAAAUGUAA